CUGCCGAGUUCUUUCCCGUCCGACCCGUCUCUUCCCCAGUUGAACAAAACCUGUUGCGACAGACCCCGUAUGCACAGUCUCAUAUGCAAAAGUGUUAAGUCAACUUAUCAUUCACCAACUAAACCCAGCAACUAGAGAAUAUCCGACAUAAACAUGUCUGACUCGGAAGGAACAACUGCCGCUAGCUCAGAGCCUGCCGCCGCCGCCGCCACGCCGAAAGGCAAGGGAAAGGCAGCGAAGAAAGCAGCCACUCCCAAGACGCCCAAGGUCAAGAAGCCAAGGGUCAAGAAGGCCGGAGGAGCAUCUGCCGACCAUCCAAAGGUGGCCGUCAUGGUCAAUGCUGCCAUCAAGGGACUCGCGGAAAGGGGUGGUUCUUCCCUCAAGGCCAUCAAGAAGUACAUCCACGACACCUACAAGGUGGAUGCUGAAAAACUUGCCCCCUUCAUUCGCCGCUACUUAAAAUCCGGAACCGUGAAAGGUCAACUCGUCCAGGUUAAAGGAAAAGGCGCCAACGGGUCCUUCCGUCUGGCGGCCAAGGGUGCAUCAGCCGCUGCAGUGGGAGGAGCUGCCAAGAAGCCCAAGGCAGCAAAGAAACCUAAGGCCAAGUCCCCCAAGAAGCCAAAGGCAGCCGGUGCUGGUGCCAAGAAGGUUAAGAAGGCAGCAUCUCCCAAAAAGACCAAGGCUGCCUCAAAGCCAAAAGCCAAGCCAGCUGCCUCUACCACUGCUGCUCCAAGUGAAUCCUCCGCGGCUGCCCCCAAACCUGCCGCCCCUGCUAAAAAAGCCGCAGCGCCCAAGAAGGCCAAGCCAGCCAAGAAGGCUAGCAAACCAAAGGCGGCAAAGUCACCCAAAAAACCAAAAUCUCCCAAACCAAAAAAGGCUGCGAAACCAAAAGCUGCAAAGUCUCCAAAGAAAUCUGCUCCAAAAAAGAAGUGAACGGCUAACUAACAAGCUACUUAUAUUAACUACAUACGAGCUGAACCUCAAGAUUACGCAUUCAUGAUAUGCAAAUGAAUGUAUGACUGGCAGAUUUCGAUGACAAAUUCUUUAAUUUUUUUACAAUUUCGCCUGAUAGUAUAUCUAAUACACUAUGAGUUAAGUGAAAGAUUAUAGGGUCAGAGUUAACUAAUUAUUCUUUAUUUUACAUUAAUACGUCUGGAUAUUUUAGACGAGUUGUCAUUUUGCGACGGUGAUUAGUUUGUUAAGUUUUCUCCCUAGUUGUAUUUUCAAACAGCAAACUGUUCCAAAUUUUAAGUUGACGGAGAGGCGUUCCUUUGGCGUCAGUCUCUGAUCAGUACAAACAACUAAUCUUACAACUUAUGAUGAAUGUCAUCCAUCAACGCAAGCACACCCACCGAUGAUGGAUCAACAAUCCAAUAGGAAGCUGCGAUAGAUCCCAUUGACAGUAAUUUCAAAGUAAUGAGUUUCUCAAACACAUGCGAACUUGUUGUCGUCGUCAUAUUUAUUAAUACAUACGAAUAAGCAGGCGAAUAGAAUAGCUGUACACGUUUUUAUUUAUUGUUACACUAUUACAUAGAUAAUAUUUAAUAGAAAUGUCACUGCAAAAAGUAAAUAUGGAUUGGAUGAAAUUUUA